CACACACACACACACACACACACACACACACACACACACAAACAGAAACGAACGUGAAAAUGGAGAGACACGUGAAUGCGCCAGAAAAUAAUAAAAAUGAGUAAAUAAUAAUAAAUCGAAACAAAUCAGAAUGUAAAACGAAAAUAAAAGUAAUAAACUCAAUGCACGCAAAACUGUACUAAAAUAAAUAAAGGAACACUACUACUACUACUACUACUACUACUACUACUACUACUCCUACUACUACUACUACUACUAUGAAUACCAAGAAGGACACUUAUGUAUACUCUCAUCAGGGGUGAGUGAGCAAAUGCAUACCUGUCUCAUUAGGCCUGCCAGACUCACCUGUCCCGGCACCACUGGAUUACCUGCCCCUCUCCCCGCCCAGGUAAACUCUAUUUAAAGCCAGAUUCAACUAGACUGAGUUAACUAUAAAGAGGAGGAGAACAAUAGAGAGAGAGUGAGAGAGAAUCUGAGGAGAGUGUCUGAGAUAUAAUAAAAGAUAGAGGGAUAGAAAACAGAGAAGAGAGAGCGAGCGAGAGAGGAAGAGAGAGGGAGAGAGAUAGAAAAGGGAGGUAUGAAUAGUGAGUAAUAACUGAAUGAUCCAGAGAUACAGAGAUAUAAGGGAAAAAUACAGAGAGAGAGAGAGAGGGAAACGGAGAAGAGAAAUAAAAGGAGAUAGAUAGAGAUAAAAGAGAAACUAAAGAGAUGCCGUAAAGAGACUGACAAGACCCCCAACAAACUCGUCAAAACACUUCCUUUGAAACUUAAGAAGAAAAAAAGAGAUAAUAGAGAAAUAAAACUGUAAGAAACGUUAAUCAAAAACCCUGAAAGAAGUGAAUAUUUUGUGAAACUGAUAAAAAAGAAAGCCAAGGUGAUAACAAUGAUAGAUAAGAUAAUGAUGGAUAGAAAAAGCAGAAGUGAAGAGGAUGAUGGGAAGAAGGCCAGUAAAGCUGUGAACCAACCAGCUUAGAAAGGUGAUGUAGAGGGAGACAGCGAGUACCUCUACACACUCACACACACCAACACACACGCUGAUAUCCAGGCAGCCGCUAUCUUCCCUAUCUUUAAGGUGAGCCACGCGUGUUCCCAGAGGCCCCGCCAGGCGUUAACGAGCGCCGGAUGAGCAGAUGAAACACAGGUGCUCGUCGACCGCUAAUUAGUCCCGCAAUAACCAGACCAUGUUCGCCUGGUGGAUCUCCUGGCUGGCGCUGUGCCUCGUGCUGGGGAGGACUCCGUGGUCGGCCAGCGCGGCGCAAACGGAGGCGGGGACGGAGGCGGCGACGGCGCUGUGGACGGUGACCAAAAGAAGUGGCGGCGAGGAGCCUCAGUACUCUCACUACCACCGCGCUUCUGUCAGAAACACGCUUCCGUCAGGCUCCUCCGCUGGCUCCCACCUGCUGCACGGGGCCUCCUCGGCGCAGCUUGGGGCGGGGCAGCGGCCGGGCAAGGACAUGAAGCUUGGGCCUGGCAUGGGAGGCUCGGCGGUGGAAACAUUGGAGACGGAGGGCGCACAGUACUUCGCCACGCAGCCCACGCCGCAGACAGCGGUGGUGGGCUCCACGGCGGUGCUUCCCUGCAGGGUCAUCAACAAAGUGGGUCACCUCCAGUGGACCAAGGACGGGUUUGGGCUAGGCACGGAGCGGGACCUGGAUGGCUUCUCCCGCUACGGCAUGAUCGGCUCAGAUGACGAAGGAGACUUCAGCCUAAGGAUACAGCCCGUGCUACUCGAAGAUGACGCCCUUUAUCAGUGCCAGGUGAGUGCCAGCUCCGGUGUGCCAGGCAUCAGGUCAAACACGGCGCGCCUCACCGUCUACGUGCCACCCGAUCCACCUAAAGUGUCGCCGGCCGUCCUCAGCACCACGGCGGGCAUGACGAUGACUCUGGAGUGCGAGAGUCGAGGAGGACGCCCGCCCCCUGAGAUUCAGUGGGUGGACGACAGUCGGCGGGAGACCAUUCGAACGGGCGCCAUCACGACAGAAGAGGUGAUGUCAGAUGGAAAGAGAAUCACAGUUCGCUCCCGUCUUUCCUUCAGCCCACGUCGCUCCCAUCAUAACUCCUCCAUCACCUGCCUCACCUCCAAUCAAGCCCUCAGCUCCCCCCUCGCCAGUUCUAUCCAGCUGAAGGUUCUCUUCCCGCCGGAGGUGAAGCUGCAUGUUAGGCCUUCCCAGCUGGUCGAGGGGGACGACGCCACCUUCAUUUGCACAGCGGAUGCCAACCCCAGUGACAUUACGUACAGGUGGUACCACAGAAGCCAAGAACUCAAGAACGAGACUUCCAGGACGCUCGUCUUACACAAGAUUCCCAGAAGCUUUCACCAAAACGUUGUGUCUUGUGAGGUGAGCAACAAGGUGGGCACGGCCAAGAAGACAAUGAGCGUCCACGUGCAGUACGGCCCAAUGUUCCGAGCGCUGCCUAGGGACGUGAUGGCUGAGAUGGGCAAGGAAGUGACGCUUAAGUGUGACGUGGACUCCAACCCACAAGCCAGCAUCACCUGGGUGCAGGAGGGUUCCGAUAAGAUUAUCGGGUCUGGCGAGGAGAUGGUGGUGGUGGUGGGACCUUCUACUGCCGGCGAGUACACCUGCAUAGCGUCUGUCAGGGGCUUCCCGGAGCUAAGGGACAAACUGAGGGUGCUGGUGAAGGGCCCGCCAACCAUCGUGAGUUCGAGCGAGCAGCAGGGAAGGAUGGGGGACACUGUAAAUCUGGAAUGCAGCACCGUCUCCAUCCCAAGCCCCAUCAGGAUAACGUGGACGUACAGAGGAAGAGACAUAGAUCUGAGCGACCCGCGCUACGAGGUGGUGCAGGACGAGCAGGAGGAAGGCCUGAGGAACAUCCUGGUGAUACACGACGCUGAUACGCAUGAUUUCGGGGCGUAUAACUGCUCCGUGGUGAACGAGUACGGCGUGGCCAGGAAACAGAUCCUACUCAACGAAGAGAAGACGGUGCCUGUAGUGCUGCUGGUGGGCGGAGUGGUGGCAGUGGUGGUGGUGGCAGCGGUGGUCGCGUCUCUGAUCCUGUGUAACAAGAGGCACUCCAACAUCAAAGAGCGGACACGUCGCUUUCGUGGCAGUGUUUAUGAUUACCUUGGUCGGCGGACUGUGAGGUUUAGCAAAGGAUCACCUGUACCAGAGAAGCCGCCGGCGGUGACAGUGGUACCGGGACCACAGAUGGCAAACAUGUACUCGGCUCCUUCUGACACCAAGCUCUCGGAGGAAUUGUGUUCCAGCCCUGCCCUGUCCAGCCGCCCCAUGGAAGAGGUGAGCCCGUCGGAGGAGGCCAAGGUGAAGGCGGUGCAGGCGCUCAACAGACUCAGCGGAGACUCAGGCCACACCUUCAUCCCUGACCCGGACGGUGAAGGUGGUCGUGGCUACGUUCCCUUCGUCGACUAUAGUGGGAGGGACUACGCGCCCAUCCCCAAUGGGCGGCGGGCGUCCAUCAGCGACCUGGGUCACUACACCGCCACGCACGCCGCCCACCAACACUCUCCGAAUACCGACUCCAAUUUCUGCACCAUCCGCAGAGGGACGCGGGCGGCAGACUUGGGCGGGGACACCAUACUGGGCCCUCUCUCCAAGUACCACGAUGCCUCGGCGACCAUGAGACACAAUGGCAACGCCCACACCCUCGCUAGACACUCGGCCUACACCCCCGCCCCUCGAAACCCUUCUUAUGGGUCCCCUCCACCCCCACCCUAUCCCAGAAACUCAAAGAUUGGGUCUCCGCGUGGCCCCAUCUCCCCCGCGGGACCUAACGCCAUUCCCCCGCAGACCAGCAUCGCGCUAGGACACCCGGAGGACCGCGGCUCGCCAGAAGCCAAGUUUAUCUUUUCCCCCGAGGCCAUGAUGAAGCCCGGCACCCUCGUGUGACCCCAACUCUUGACCUCUCCUCCUCCGCCCCUCACUGGUGACCGUGCCCUCGCUUCCUUUCCUGCCUCGUGACCUCCUUGGCCUCCUCCACAAGGGACGUAAUGCUUUUUUUUUUUGUUGUUGUUCCGAUACGGUGGAGUUGUAUUUCCUCCUUCGUGCUGUGGUGUGUGUGUGUGUGUGUGUGUGUGUGUGUGUGUGUGUGUGUGUGUGUGUGUGUGUGUGAUUCCCAACGCCCGCCUCGCCUCACCACUUGUUUACACAAUUACCUCAAAAUGCAGAGCGAGCGAGUGAAAAGAGCUAGGGAAGGAUGGAGGAAAUGACAAAAAAAAAAAAUAAUAAAAUAAAAUAAAUAAAAUAAAAUGCGGCAAAAAAGGUGUCACGAUGAAGGAAAGAGCAAAGCAGGAACGGAAGCAUUUUACGCAUUUAUGGUCGAAAAUAAGAAAAAUAGAUAUUCUGUAUGACUCUCUCUCUCUCUCUCUCUCUCUCUCUCUCUCUCUCUCUCUCUAGUUUUCCUCUUCUUUCGCCUCUCCAUCUCUCUCAAACGAAGCUCUGAGAUAGGGUUCGUUUUCUUCCAACUGCUUUCUGCGUAACAAUCGACCAAUUAAAGUGCUAAUGGGUUGUUUGGGCCAAGCCAAUUACCGUCUCGACCCUCCACCCACCCCUUCCUCCUGGCGCGUCACCUGCUCCGGAGAGCAUAUACUGAGCAGGAGGAGGAGGAGGAGGAGGAGGAGGAGGAGGAGGAGAAGGAGAAGGAGAAGGAGAAGGAGAAGGAGAAGGAGGAGGAGGAGGAAGAGGAGAGGGAGGAACUGAUGAGAAAUGGGAGAAAGCAUUGACGUUCGCACUAAGGGAAAAAAAAUCACAAGUAGUUGUUGAAGGAACGCAGUAAAAAGAGGCAGGCAGGCAGGGAGGAGGAGGAGGAGGAGGAGGAGGAGGAGGAGGAGGAGGAGGAGGAGGAGGAGGAAGAGGAGGAGGAGGAGGAGGAAUAAGAGAAGGAGGAGAAAAGAGGGAAGAGGAGGAGGGGGAGGAGAUAAGGAUGGGGUGCAAAAGUUUUAUCAGUUAGUACUGCCCCCAACCUCUCUCUCUCUCUCUCUCUCUCUCUCUCUCUCCAUCACGACAAAUGAAACAGAUAAUCGAGUCAGUCUCUAGUCAGUCCCUCGAUUCGUGGAUUGUAUACCCGUAGCGUCCAAUCACGAGCCUAGAGAGGGCGUGGCAGCCAAUCCCGUGCGUCAGUCUGCGUGACGUCACAAGGCAGACCCGCUAUUUGUGUGUACAUAGUAAUAAUUGAUAAUUGACCUUGACUUCUCACAGCAUGACGGAAGGAUCAAGAAAAAGAGAUACUAUUAUUUUUACUUUAACUAUUAUGUACUGUAUUUACGGGACUAUUUUGUUUAUUAUGAUUGUUAUCAUCAUUAUUAUUGGUGUUAUUGUUAUUAUUAUUAAUAAUAUUAUCAUCACUAUGGUUAUGAUUAUUUUAGGAGAUAAGGAAUUCUCAUAAUUGAUUGUCAUUGAUUAUUGUUAUUAUUACAAUUAUGAUUAUUAUUGUUAUUAUUAUUAUUAUUAUUAUUAUUAUUAUUAUUAUUAUUUUUAUUAUUAUUAAUAUUACAAUUAUUAUUACUAAAGUGUUGCUGGCAUGACAAUAACUUCUGUUGUUGUUAUCAUCAGUGUUUAUUCGCCUGGAUUUUACCGAUAACAGUUUUACAAGGCAUGAAAUUCUCAGCAUGUGUCAUCAACAAUAUAACAUUUCACUGAUGCAAUUUUUCGGUGGAUUUGGCAUGAUUACCACCGCGAUAAAACUAUUUUUUUUUUAUCAAAUCAUAUAGAUUCGUAAAUUCUAAAAAAAAAAAAAAGAAUAAAACUUUAAAAAAUUAAGUGGACCAGACAACUGGUUACACACACACACACACACACACACACACACACACACACACACACACACACACACACACACACACACACACAGUCACACAAACCUUUCAACCAAGUUUUCUCAAAUACUGCCACCUCAACCCCUCUUAGUUCUCCCAACCUCUACCGCUUACCUUCCCCCUUCUCUCCCAUCCACUCCUUCUCUACUUGAGCCGUAAAAUGGAGUCGCCAAGAGUCCUCUCUCCUCUCACACCGCCUCCCGCCUCCACCUUUGCCGGUUAAUAGAAAAUGGGUAAAGUUCACACAUCGCAGGUAACUUAAGCUCAUUACGUCCGCGGUGUUAAGUGAAGGACGAGCCGCAGCAAGGUGUUAACGGCGCCGCUCCGCCGCACCGCUAGCCACUUCAUGGCCACUGAGUGUUCCUCUUUGAAUAACUGAGCGUACCUGCUGCUGAAAUGUUGAGUAAAUUGAAACUACUCACUGAAAUCUUAAAGGAACCUCUAAAACAAUGGUUGGUUUUAAUCUACCCAAUGUACAAAUGCAGAAUUUAUCAUAAAUGUAUUCGUUUACUGCAAAACGCACUAAGUGAAAAAAAAAAAAAACGACGAUCACCUUCUCUUCAGGAGUAUUAGAUUUGUGUUUAGUUGCAUUUUUUAUUCAACACUUUUUCUGUUAGUGUGUGAUGUGACGGUGAUCCGAAAUUCAAAACAAAAGAAUUAUCGAAAGCGAGGUUCAGUUCAAUAGUACUCAAAGUUGGGUCUGGCGCGGCGGAGGCAGAGUGCCGCUGAGAGAGAAUCGAUGACGCGGAAAUGAACAGAAAGGAGAGCUGAGUGGAGGAAGCGUCACCUCAGAGGCGGGUCUACCUGUUCCCGUCACACGUCCUUCCUUCUCUUCUUCCUUCUCCUCCUCCUCCUCCUCCUCCUUCUCCUCUUCCUCCUCCUCCUCCUCCUCUCUCCCUCACUCACUCUCUAAUGAGGCUUCACACCUGCCAAAGACAUACCUUUGUUCUCUCUCCAACGGACAAUGCGGGUUUUAAAAAGUAAUAAAUGUUACUUUUCAUGGCGCAACAUAAAAUAUAAAGUGAAACCCGAGCAUAAAAGGGCUCGUGUUUUAAAUAAGAAUAACAACACUUUCUUAAGUUUCCUUUUGAAAGCGUUGUUUAGAAACUUUUAUAUUCUCUCAAAAGACUCCGUCGAGAAAAUUUUGCUUGUAGCUUCUUUAGCGCCGGCAAGUCAGGACUGCUUAAUGCAUUUUUUUCUUUCCUUGCGUUUUAAAGUGGACUCUUAUCUGGAAAGUUUUUACCUCCUCCGUCACGAUUUUUUCUCUCACACAUUUGCCUCGCGAUCCACUAUUCAUUGACGCCAGCGGCCAACACACUUCCCAUCCUCUUCUUUCCAACAUAAUUAUCGCUCAGCAUUUUUAUUUUCUUCCCCUCUUACACGCUACCUGUUUUUUUUAUGUUUAAUCAAGAAGAGUCCUGUCCCUACGCCACUCCCUACGCCAUGCUCCGCGUUCCCUCCACACUAAGCAAUGAGAGCAAGGAGGCUGGUCACGUCCCUUUACUAAUACCCUGGUCAUAGCAUAUUCUUGUCUCAGUAAAGCAAAUUGUCGGUGCCCAAACACUCCCGUGACACUACAAGACCCUCAUAACACAUCUAAUCUAACCCAAUUAUACCCAAGGUCUCCCUCACCAUCCCCAACUUCACUAUUUACUACACCUCCUUAUCAACCUCAGUACUUACACCAUUCACUCCCUAUCUAACUCUUUGUUCCUUGCCCAAUACUCCACUUACCUGCCCCGUGUACCCCACGUGCCAGGCUGAGCCGAGGGAGGGUUGAGGAAGUCAUGGCGAGUGUUGCGUGAUCACUCCCUCGCCCGGACCACUAAGAUUGCAAGACGUGACUUAGCCAUGCGGGAGGUGAAGCGCAUGGAUGUCUACAUAGUAAAUCCAAUGAUGAUGCUGACGAUGAUGAUGAUGAUAAUAAUAAUACAAAUAAUAAUAAUAAUAACAACAACAACAACAACAAUAAUAAUAAUAAU